CUGAGGGAGGAAGAGGAGGAGGAAGAUGACGCUGGGGCUGGUCAAUGCGAAUCCAGUGGUUCACGCCAAGAAGGAGCGGAUCGCGCGCUCCGAUGAUCCCCACGCCGCCGUCGAUCCCCUGGAAAUCUAUGAUAUCCUCUCACGCCUUCUCUUGCUCUUUUUGUAUUGUUUCGUUUAGAUAAUUAACAACUGCGAUUGAAUUGAAACGCAUGAACUGAGAUUCCUUGACCUUGAUAAUGGCCACAUUUCGUUAGGGAUAUAAGAGAUCCGGAGCAUCCCUAUUCCCUAGAGCAGCUCAGCGUCCUCUCUGAGGAGUCAAUUACAUUUGAUGAUAAACUCGGACGCAUUCUGAUAACAUUCACGCCAACUAUCCAGCAUUGCACUAUGGCAACUGUAAUCGGAUUGUGCUUGAGAGAGAAGCUGAAGAAUUAUUUCCCUCCUCAUUACAAGGUAGAUAUAAAAGUGGCUCCCGGGUCUCAUGCUGAUGAAGAAUCAGUAAAUAAGCAGCUAAAUGAUAAGGAAAGAAUUGCUGCUGCACUGGAGAACCCAAACCUUCGCCAACUUGUGGAUGAAUGCCUCUACUCAAAUGACAUCUAAAUUUGUUUGUACUCUUCACUGCCUAAGACAAUAUAUCAAUAUGAAGAUGUAUAUCGGCCUGCAUAUCCCUUCUGUAAGUAUCAAUAAGCCGUGUUUGCAUUUCAGAAAACAUUGGGUUGAGGCUUAUGUAGUUGAAAGAAAUUGGUAUAUUUACGGUAGCCAUGGAACCAGGCUAGAACUGCAGCAUGGUCUGGCAAGGCAUUGUUUAGACAUCCAUUCCCUUUUUUUUCAAGUGAUGUUUUCCCCACUUUUAUUAUUUCUUGAUUGCUUUGGGGUCUUCUAAAAAGUGUUCACGCUGCGCACUUACAUGUACCCACAUCGAAUGUAUAAAUAAAGUCAUAUGAG